AUGCCUCCGGGCAAACCCAUGCCAAUUUUUGCCGCAUCAACAUCACAAUCAUCAGUCUGGGAUCGCAUAACAAUAUGGGCUUCGGAGAACAAGGCAGUUGUAUAUACAAUCGCUGGUGUGGCAGUAGUGGUCUCAGGCGCCGGAGUUGCAUACUACUUAUUAGACUCAAAUGAUUCCACAUCUACCCAGAGCGUGCCAAAGAAAUCAAAGGAGAAGAGGCGACGGAAGAAGGAAGAGAAAAAAGAACCCGACGUAGAGAAGGGGACUACGCCACCGGACACAAAACCUAAAGCAUCAGUCGAGACUGUGGAUGAGCUUCCUGAAGUUGACGAAACCACUGUGGGGAGCUUAUCGGACCAACAACGAAAAGACUAUGCCGCCAAAUUAAAGGCAGCUGGUAAUACUUCAUAUGGCGCUAAGGACUAUCCUCGAGCCAUCGACCUUUAUGGGAAAGCUAUCCUUUGCAAGCCAGACCCUAUUUUCUAUUCGAACCGAGCCGCUUGUUACAACGCCCUUGGUGAAUUCGAGAAAGUUAUUGAGGAUACCACUGCUGCGAUCAGUCUCGAUAGCGAAUACGUAAAGGCUUUGAACCGUAGAGCAAAUGCUUAUGAACAUACCGAGAAAUUUAGCGAAGCUUUACUUGACUUUACAGCCAGCUGCAUAAUCGAUGGGUUCCGCAACGAACAAAGCGCACAGUCUGUCGAAAGAUUACUCAAAAAAGUUGCAGAGUCAAAGGCAAAGGUCAUUCUUGAGGCUAAGGAUAAGAAGCUUCCAAGUCCAACAUUUGUCACCAACUACCUCCAGAGUUUCCGAUCAAAACCCGCGCCUGCAGGACUAGACGAUAGCGCUGAAUUAUCGGAGGAUACAGGAAAGGGUCAAUUACAACUUGGACUUCGGGCUGUGGCAAAGAAGACAAAUGAGGGGUAUGAAGAUGCUUCGACUGCAUUCGAGAAGGCUUUGGACUUGGGCGAUCUUAGUGAACAUGAAGCUUUUGCGUACAACAUGCGCGGAACAUUCAGAUAUCUUCGUGGGGUACAACUGGACGCUCUCAGUGAUUUGAGUAAGAGUAUUGAAUUAGAGCCCGAUUACACACAAAGUUAUAUCAAGCGUGCAAGCAUGCAUUUGGAACUUGGUGACAAAGACGCCGCUGCCGCGGAUUUCGACAAGGCCAUGGAACAACAUGACGAUGAUCCUGAUAUCUACUAUCACCGUGCCCAACUCAAUUUCAUUCUUGGCGAACUCUCACAAGCGGCGAGGGACUACCAAAAGUCUAUCGAUCUCGACCGGGACUUCAUCUUCUCACACAUUCAACUCGGUGUUACACAAUACAAGAUGGGCUCCACCGCGUCAUCAAUGGGAACAUUCCGACGCACGAUCAAGGCAUUCGAAGAUGUACCUGAUGCAUAUAACUAUUACGGAGAGCUUUUGUUGGAUCAACAGAAGUAUGACGAAGCUAUUUCGCAGUUCGAGAAGGCGGUUGAGUUGGAGAAGCAAACCAAGCCAUUAGGCAUGAGUGUUCUUCCACUCAUUAACAAAGCUCUUGCUCUCUUCCAAUGGAAGCAAGACUUUAGCGAGGCUGAAAAGCUUUGCGAAAAGGCUCUUAUUAUCGACCCUGAAUGUGAUAUCGCUGUCGCAACCAUGGCACAACUUCUCCUUCAACAAGGAAAGGUAACUGAAGCCCUUAAAUACUUCGAGCGAGCAGCAGAAUUAUCUAGAACCGAAGGAGAAAUCGUCAAUGCGUUGAGCUAUGCCGAGGCUACGAGGACACAAUUGGAGGUACAGGAGAAAUAUCCACAGUUGGCGAAUAGAUUGGCUGGUAUGAGCGGACUCGGCGGGGCUGGUAUGCGUUAA